AUGGAUUCUGGCUACUACGGCUCCUACUAUCCUGGUAACAGGACGCAUAUUGAUUGGAACCAUGUACAGUUUUCCAAUUUCUCAAAUGUUCAGUAUUCAAGACCGGAUUUCUCAGACACGGAGGACCAAGAGAGGGACGAGUACCAAGACGACAAUGGAUAUCCAUCAUACAUGAGAGUGCCGAUGGAGGCACCCUCACCUCCACCACAAGCAACUCUCACCAAGAAGGAGAGAAAGAAGCUGAAGAGGCAACAAGAGAAGGCGGCGGCGGCAGCGGCAGCCGAAGCAGAAGCGGCAGCUUUCGUGCCACCCCCAGCACCAGAUCCCCCAGCGGAGGAAUCAUGGCCUGCACCUGUAUCAUCAUCCAGCAAGAAGAAGAGCAAAAAGAGUAAGAAGAAGGACCAAAAGGCUCUGUUGCCACCUCCACCAGUUCCCCUGCCUCCGACUGUCGAGAAGGACAAGGAGGAGGAGAAGGCUGAGGAGGCGGAGACAAAGUCAGAGGACCUAGAACCUGCAGAGUCAGAAGAGAAGGCCGAGAAGACACCAGCCGCCGAAGAGGAAACACCAGCGGCAGAAGAAGCUCCCAAGGAGGAGGACAAGGACACCGCGAAGGAAGAAGACGCACCAGCCGAAGAAACACCCGCCACAGAAGAAACACCAGUUGCCGAACCCGAAGAGACGCCCGACAAAGAGGAGACAUCAACAGACGAGGCGUCCAAAGAGGAGACCGCCUCAAAAGAGGUACCCACAGAAGAGACUCCCGCAGAAGACACAUCUAAGGAGGAGGCAUCUACAGAAGCCGCGCCCACUGAAGAGGCUCCAAAGGAAGAGGAGUCCAAGGAGGGGGAAGCGUCAACAGAAGAGACAGCGGCCAAAGACGAAGUACCUGCUCCUGAAGAAGCGGCCGCCGAGGACGACAGCACCGCCAAGGCCGAGACUCCUGCAAACGAGGAAAAGGCCCCAGCUGCAGAAGAGACGCCUGCCGAACCCGAGGGUUCAGAAGCCCCCAAAGAAGAAGCAGCCGAGAAUGACGACGGUGGUGGUGAGGACGAGACUGCAGCUUCUGUGGAGAAGAAGCCCUUGACGAAAAAGGAAAAGAAGAAGAAGAGGGAGAAGGAGAAGAAAGAGAAGGAAAAGAAGGAGAAGGAGGAGAAAGAGAGGAAAGAGAAGGAAAAGAAGGAAAAGGAGAAGAAGGAAAAAGAGAAGAAGGAGAAGGAGAAGGAAAAGGAGAAGAAAGAGAAGGAAAAGAAGGAAAAGGAGAAGAAGGCUGCUGCAAAAUCUGAAAAGUCUCACCACCACAAGUCGAAACACGCACACUCGUCCAAGGACGCCAAAUCUUCCGAAGACAAGGCAUCCGUCGCAGAAGGCAGCGAGACGGCGGAGAGGAGCGCCCCGGCUGCUGACGCAAAGGAGGAGGACAAGGCGGCCGAAUCUGAUGCGGAGACCAAACCUGCGGGCGAAGUGUCAUCACCAGCGGACGAAGCAGCUCCAGCUGAUGAUGCAACACCGGAUGAGGUCAAGGCGUCAGAAGAGGAGAAGCCGACCGAAGAGCCCGCACCCCCCGCAGAGGAGGCUACUGUUGAGGCAGAGAAGCCUGCUGAUGAUGCCAAGCCAGAAGAGUCUGCUGCGGAGUCUCAACCAGCGGGUGAUGCCAAGCCCGAGGAAGAGAAGCCCGCGGAGGAGAAAAAGGCUGCUGCAUCAGAAGAGAAGUCUCCUGAGCUAGAAGAGUCCCCUGCAGAGGCGGAUAAGGUUCCUCAAGAGGAGGCCGCCGCUGAAGAAGCGAAGUCUACCGAAGACGCACCCCCGGCUGAGGAGAAGUCUGCUGAAGCAGAUGACAAGCCAGCCGGAGCAGACGACAAGCCAGCUGAAGAAGCCCCUACUGCUGAGGCCGCCGCCGAGGAAAAGCCAGCUGAAGAAGCUCCCGCCGCUGCUGCCGACAAAGAGCCUGAACCGGCAGAGAAGCCAUCUGAAGAACCUGCUGCUGCUGAGGCUACUCCUGCUGAAGAGAAGCCUGAACCCGCUGCUGCGGCUGCUGCGGCUGCUGCUACUGAUAAGGAGCCCGAACCAGCAGAGGAGAAGCCAGCUGUCGAGGCCGCCACGGAAGAGAAGCCCGCAGCCGAGGAGAAACCUGCCGAAACAGAGGAGGCGCCUGCUGCUGAGGAAACGCCCACCGAAGCUGACGACAAGCCAGCUGCAGACGACAAGCCAGCCGCAGAGGCAUCCCCAGCUGAGGAGAAGUCGGCCGAAACAGACGACAAGUCAGCAGCUGAAGAAGCCCCUGCUGUCGAGGCCGCUGCGACAGAGACCCCUGCUGAGGAGAAACCUGCUGAAGCAGAUGACAAGCCAGUCGCAGAGGCACCUGCGGCCGAGGAUAAGUCUGCCGAGGAGAAGCCUACCGAAGCAGAGGACAAGGCCGUUGAAGAGGCGCCUGCGGUCGAGGAGAAGCCUGCCGAUGAAGCUCAACCUGCAGAAGCGGACAAACCGGCCGAGCCAGACGACAAGCCAGCUGGAGAGGCGCCCUCGACUGAGGAGAAGCCCACCGAAGCAGAGGAGAAGGCUGCCGAAGCAGAGGAGAAGGCUGCCGAAGCAGAGGAGACACCAGCUGCUGAGGAAAAGCUAGCCGAAGCAGACGACAAGCCAACUGAAGAGGCACCCCCAACUGAGGAGAAGCCGGCUGAAACAGACGACAAGCCGGUUGAAGAGGCCCCUGCUGCUGAGGAAAAGCCUGCCGAAGCAGAAAAGCCAGCUGAAGAGGCACCCCCAACUGAGGAGAAGCCGGCUGAAACAGAUGACAAGCCUUCUGAAGAAGCCAACCCGGUCGAAGCAGAGAAGCCCGUCGAGGAACCUACCCCUGCUGCAUCAGAGGAGAAAUCUGCCGAAGAAGUCAACGCGAUUGAAGCAGAUGGCGAGACCUCUGAAUCAGAUGACAAGCCGACCGAAGCAGUCAAGCCAGUUGAAGCAGAGGAUAAGCCGGCUGAAGAAGCCGCCCCCGCUGAAACUGAUGACAAGCCCACCGAAGAAGCCGAACCAGCUGAAUCAGAGAAGCCUGUCGAGGAAUCUACCCCCGCCGAAGCAAACGACACUUCCUCUGAGGAAGCUAAGUCUGCUGAAUCAGAGGAGAAACCUGCCGAAGAUGCCAAGGCGACUGAAGCAGAUGCCUCUGAAUCAGAUGACAAGCCUGCCGAGGGAGUUAAACCAGCUGAACCAGAGGAGACGCCUUCUGCGGAAGUCGAACCAGCUGAAGAGAACAAAUCCGCCAACGACAUUCCUGAGACCGAGGCCAAGUCUACUGAAGAGAUGAAGCCCGAAAAGGAGACAGAACAACAACCUGAGGCAACCGAACCGCCUGCCGCAGCUGAGACUCAGAAGGCCGAGGAAGAGUCUGCCAAGACUGAAGAGCCUGUCGAACCAGAGCAAACAGAAUCCGGUGACAAGGCCGAGAGCGAAGAACCCAAGGCUGGGGACAACGCUACCACAGAUGGCGAGACUGCUGGCGAUGAUUUGGAAGAACAGGCCAAAGAAACUGCGUCUCCCGAAGCAAAAGACGAGGUAGCCUCGACUGCUGGCGGGAAAGCUACCGAAGAAGAAGCACCCAUUGCAUCGGAUGAUGACACCGCUGACAAGGAACCACCUGCUACGGAAGACCAUCCUUCUGAAGCAGCUGAAGCGGAUGACGGCAAGGCAGCCCAGGAAGCAAAGGCUGCCGAGGACGAAAAGGUUGAGUCAGCGGCGAAACCCUCAGAGGACGACGAAUCCACUGACGGUGAAGCUGCUGGCGAGACCGAGAAAGCUGGAACAGCUGAAGCAGAGGAGCCAAAGACCACCGAAAAGCCUGAUGAGACAUCGGACUCUGAGUCUGAGGCUGAGUCUGAGGGAAAGGUGGCAACAGCAGAGGCCAAGGAACCCGAAGUUGAGGUCUCCGCACCUGACGAUGAUGAGAAGAAGGGUGCGGACGCAGCCGCUUCUGCAGAGGCCGAGACCAACGCCGCCGCCGAAACACCCGCUCAAACAGAGGAUACGGACAAAGAGGCCCCGGAGACUUCUGCCGAAUCAGUGCCGGAGCCGAAGCCAGCAGCUGAUGAUGUGAAGCCGAAAGAAGAGCUCGACGCCAAUGCUGCCUCUACCGAAGCCGAGAAAAGCGGUGAUUCCGAUUCUGACAGCGACAACGAAGAUGAUAAGCCAGUUGCUGAGGCGACACCAGAGUCCAAGCCUGAAGCACCAAAGGAGACUCCCUCAGAGGUCCCCGAUAGUUCCAAGGCUACAGAAGACUCAGAAUCUGCGGAUGACGACGUCGAGAAGAGCCAGCCCCCAGAAGCAUCAUCGAAGGUUGAACCUGAAGAGGCUACUCCUGAAACUCCAGCAGAGACGACUGCACCUGCACCGUCCCCCGACUCGGAGAGUGACUCAGAGAGUGACUCAGAGAGUGACGCUUCAGAGGACAGUCCUGAUGCUGACAAGGAGCCAGCCGCUGCAGCCGCAAAGGAGGAAUCCGCAGCCCCAACUGAGGAAGCCAAGCCAGAGCCCACAGCAGAAGAGACUGCCAAGCCUUCCGAGACCAAGCCAAAGGAGGAAGCAGAGGGAGAACCGGCUGCUACUGAAACCUCAUCUAAAGAGCCUGACUCCGAGAAGGCUCAGGAUUCCGAGAGUGAGGAUGACUCCGAUGACGAGGAAGCCCCCAAAGCUGUGGAGGAGAAAGCGACGCCCGCUGCCGAGGCAGAGAAAGAGACACCUGCCGAGGCCGAAAAGCCUGAUGCCGACCAAGCCAAGAACUCCGAUAGCGACGAUGAAUCCGAUGAAGAGGAACCUCCUCAGGCUGGAGACGAGAAAGCGACGCCUGCCUCCGAAGCUGAAAAAGAGACACCUGCUGAGGUCGAAAAGCCGGAUGUCGAAAAGGACCAAGAUUCUGAUAGCGAUAACGAAUCUGAUGACGAGGAUCCUCCUAAGGCGGCAGACGACAAAGCGACUUCUGAGGCUGAGAAGGAGGCGCCCGCUCCCGAGGUCGGGAAGCCAGAUGCCCAGAACGACGACGACUCUGACAGUGACGACGAUUCUGAUGACGGGGAUGCUUCUAAAGCCGGAGACGACAAGGCCGUUUCCGAGGCCGAGAAACCGACACCUGCCCCUGAUGUCGAUAAGGCAGAUACUGAGAAGGUCGAGGAUUCUGAGGCUGACGACGAAUCAAACGACGAAUCUCCCCCUGAGGCUGACAACAAGAAAGCAACCCCCGAUGCCGAAAAGGAGACGCCAACUUCUGAGACCGUCAAGCCAGAUGCUGAGGCAGCCUCCGACUCCGACAGUGACGACGAAUCUGACAGCGAGGCCCCCUCUAAUGCCGAAGAUGAGAAGACAGCACUUGCUCCUGAGGCGACAGAAGCACCAGAAGAAAAGCCCGAGCCUGCAGCCGAGAAGGAGGCCGAGAGUGUUGCAGACAAGUCCGACGCAGACGAUGCCGGAUCGGAAGCCCCCACAGAGAAGCCAGCCGAGGUGACUCCUGUUGAGGCUGAUGCUGGUGGCGAUGCCGAGAAAGCUGCUGAACCAGAGGCACCAAAAGAAAUCGCCAAGGACGAGGACGAGGCAAAGGAGCCUGCCGACGAAGCUAAGGAAGUGGCCUCGGCCGCCGAACCUGAGUCCGCAAAGCAACCAGACAGUUCUCCAGAGGUUGCACCUCAGGCCAGCGAUGAGAAGCCCGAGGACACUGCAACCAUAGUCGAGGAAGAGCCGGCACCAGCUGCUGAGACUACCGCUGUUGACAAGGAGCCCGAGUCACCAGAGGAGAAGCCAGCUGAAGCGAAGUCAGUCGAAGAGCCUGCCGCUGAGGAGAAGCCAAUCGAAGAAGCUCCCGCUGCUGCAGAGGAGAAGCCCGCCGAAGAACCCGCUGCUGCAGAGGAAAAGCCAUCGGAAGAGGCACCUGCGGCUGAGGAGAAGUCGGUCGAGGAGGCACCUACUGCCGACAGGGCUCCCGUCGCUGAAAAGGAGCCUGAACCGGCCGAGCAGCCUGCUGAAGAAGCGCCUACUGCAGAGGCUCCGGCAGUGGAAGAGAAGCUAGCUGAAGAACCCGCUGCUGGCGCUGCUGCUGCUGCCGAGGAAACGUCUGCGGAAGAGCAGCCGGCUGAAGAGGCCCCCUCUGUCGACGAGAAGCUAGCCGAAGAAACUGCCACUGAGGCUGCUGCUGCCGAUAAGGAAGAACCGGCAGAGGAGAAGCCUGCAGAGGAACCCGUUGUUGAGGCUGCUGCAGAGGAGAAACCCGCAGAAGAGAAACCGUCUGAAGAGGCUCCUACCGCAGAAACUCCCACAGCCGAGGAAUCCGACGCUGCUGAGAAGAAGCCGGCUGAGGAGAAAGCAACUGAAGAACCCGCCGCUGAGGUUGCUGCCACCGAGAAAGAGCCUGAACCUGCAGAGGACAAACCGGUGGAAGAGGCCUCUGAACCAGCUACUGAGGCUGCUAGUGAGGAGAAACCCGCCGAGGAGAAACCAGCUGAAGAGCCUGCUGCCGAGGAGAAGCAGGCCGAGGAGAAGCCAACUGAAGAAGCUCCCGCUGCUGAACCGGCAGAGAAGCCCACAGAAGAGUCUCCUGCUGAGACCACUGCUGAGGAGAAGCCAACAGAAGAGGCUCCUGCCGCUGAGGUUGCUGCUGAAGAGAAACCUGCCGAGGAGGCCCCCACUGCUGAGGCUGUUACCGAGGAGAAGCCAGCAGAGGAGGCCCCGGCUGCUGAGAAGGCGGAGCCUGAAGAAGCGCCUUCAACUGACGACAAACCCGAGGAACAGGCCACGCCCGCCGCCGCCGAGACAACUGAAGAAGCGCCUGCAGCUGAAUCUAAGGCAGAAGAAGAGGCCAAGGCAGCUGAAGAGGAACCGGCUGACGAAGAACCGGCUGCUGAAGCCAAGCCAGAGGAGGAUUCCAAACCUGCUGACGACAAACCAGAGGAAGAAACCGCAGCACCCGAGGAGAAGCCUGACGACGACGCGAAACCAGCCGAGGAAGCAUCCGCAGCCGAAGAAAAGCCCAGCGAGGAAGCACCUGCGGUUCCAGCGGAUGAGGCCAAGGAAGAGGCUGCAACUGAACAGCCCGCCGAGGAGACUCCCGCAGCCGAGGAGGCAGCCAGAGCUGCUCCCGAAGAACCACCAGCUGAAGAUGCGACAACUGCUCCAGCCGAAGACGCCAAACCGGCUGAAGAAGCACCUUCCACUGAUGAAAAACCAGCUGAUGACGUGAAGGCCCCUGAUGAAGAGGAGAAACCUGCCGAAGAGACUGUUGCACGCGCAGCAGAGACAGACGACAAGCCGGAAGAACAGGAACCUCCCGCACCAGAGGCAGAUGCCAAACCUGCUGAGGAAGCAUCUGCUGAAGAAGCACCUGCUCCAGAGCCUGAAGACACCGCUACCAAGUCGCCUCCCGAGCCUGAGGAAGAAAAGGCCGCCGAAGCCGAGAAGAAAGAUGACGAAAAAGCUAGAGCAGAGGCAGAGGCCAAGGCCAAGGAAGAAGAAGAGAGCAAAGAUACUCUUGGUCCGAUUCCAGGCGAAAAGAAGCAGGCGAAAAAAGGUGAGGAACGACAUUCAUUAAACGAUACCCCUUUUGAUUUUCCGCAACGUUUGGGACUCCCCGCUAUGGAGUUACAAGAAGAUAUGGAUCACGGAGUUUUGGAGUUACUUUCAGACGAUACCCAGGGACAGCGAGAAUUACCACCCAACGAGGAUGAUACAGCACUCACACCUAUCGCUCAUGAGUCGAGCCAGCCGCGGAUUGUUGAAGCGGUCGACGAGCACGAUGGAGCCAGCGAGGCAAAAUCGCUUGCUCCGUCUUACACAGAAGAUGAUCAAACUAUCACAGAAAUCACGAUGCCAGGGUUACACGAGCCGAGUUCGGGCCAGAAUACGAACAUUGGAGUAGCGGAGGAUCCCACGCGCGCAGAGCCAAAGGCCGAGGUUCUGGGCGACGUUGAGGAGCCGCUGGUGACGAGAGACCCUCUGGGCCAAGAUGGUUCUCGUCAAGACGGUGAGGAGACGCCUGGGCAGGCUGAGCAGCAAGUUGCCAUAGAAACUUGCCCGGCAGCGAAGUUUACCCCAGAAAGUGGCGAUGACGCCAAGCAGCAGUUGCCGAUUGAGCCCUCAGAGACAGCGCCAGAAAGCCAAGAAGUGGCUGUCGAGGCUCCCGAGCAUGUCGUUCCAGUUGUCGCCAAAGAAGCAGAUGGCGCUGAUCUGGCUGCCAGCCACGCCGUCUCAGAAGCCAAUGAUGGUGCUGAAGUCCCCACACCUCAGAAUCAUGGUGCCACAGACCAAUCAACGGAUGCCGUGGACAGAGAUGUCGCCGAGGCUGGGGCUGAGCUUGUAAACAUUUACAUGGAAUCACCAACCGCGCCUGAAGCACACGCCAAAGAGCUAGCUGAUGAUGCUCACGAUGGCAACGCGCAGACUGACGGAAUGGACGCCAACUCACCAAUUCCCGUUGCUGAUGACUCGUCUGUAUCACAACUGGGCGACAGAGAGCUGCCACUUGAGCAGCCCGAAACCCAAGCUGUGCUGACCUCUGACACCGAUGCAGAGACUCAGAUGCCCAAGAUUGGUGUUUCUGACCUCGAAGUAGAAGGAGACGCGGCAAACCUCCCUGACGUCUCUCGCCCAUCUACAGCUGUCAGCAUGCAAACUGAAGAGGCUGAGAAAGCAGACUCAGAGGCGGAGGGACCGGUACCACUCUCUGAAACUGCCGGUCGACCUUCAAGCCCCGUUGAUGUGGUUGCUGCGAAAUCCGGGACAACCGACACUUCCGAUCCCGAAAUUAUCGACCGACAAGCGAUAUCACCGGAGGCUGCGCAAGACUCGGACACUCAAGCUGCGGCCUCUGCAAGCGCCAAUGUUCCCGACUCUGGUUCGGAAGAGGAACAGCAGGUGACUGGCAAGGAGGAGGCUCAGGAUCCCGUCUCUCUUGGAGUUCGACUCGAAGAGGAAACAAAACCUGCCGAAAUUGGACCUCAAGUUGAGAGAACAGCACCUCUAGAACCAACACAGGAAGUGUCCAUGCUGGGACUGUUGCAAGCUCUCCCGACCACUGAUACCACAGUGGACGAGCCCAAAAUUCUCGACACUGAUUUCGAGAACCUACUACAGACGCCAGGAGACAUACCGCAAGACCGCGCACUUUUGCAUCUGGAGCCUGAGAAGACUGAAGCCAUCGAUGACGACUUCAAGCCAGGUUCCACAGAGCCUGAGUUGUCGCCGCCAGCCGUAGGGUCUCAGUCCGAAGAGCCAGUUGUGUUCGACGACAAGCGAGAGGAAGGGCAGCAAACAACUGAAGGUCUAUCUCCCGAUGCCAAGGGCACAGAUCAAGAGGUCCAGGAACCGCUGGCCUCUUUGUCGAAGCCCGAGGAGAAGGAUGAUGACGCACUGCCACCCGUGGAUGCUCUCUCGCGCUCUCCUUCUCUCAGUGGCACCGACAUGGAGGAACCGAGACACCUUGAACCAACGGAAGAAGCUCCCGGUCAGCGACCAGAGCAACUGGAGCCCAUUUCCCGGGCCAGUUCCCCAGAUAUGACAGUUGACGCCACUGAGGGAGUGUCCCACCCCAAGAACCUACCACACUCCCCGACCGCCUCAACAGUCUCUGAAGCCGACGAAGACGUCCUUAGCACCAGAGACGCCGAAGCUUUCGAUCUCGAGCAGCAGACUAUUGCCUCCAGGCCUGCAUCACCUGAAAGCACCCCUGGAGACCGUGGCAUCUUGGAUCUUGGCGCACAUGACGACGACAAAUCUUCUCAUGAAGAUAGGUCGUUUCCAGUAGCCCAUACCGAGCUUACGUCGGAAGAAGUUGAGGGUGAAGAGAAGGCUAGCCAACAAAACGAUGUCAUACCUGAGCUCGAGAAAGCUACAGCUUCUUCCGAACCUGGGGAAUCGGAUUCUGAGUCGGAGAAUGACGAGCCACACGAAACCGAGACUCGUGAUGCAGGAGUGCUGAGCCCUUCAAGCCCCACGGAGCCGGCGACUGAGCCCGUUGCCCCUUCACCCUAUGUGCUUUCUGAGUCAAUCCAUUCCUCUAGAGCUUCUACUCCAGUUGCCGGCAUCGAAGGUGUUGUCGCUGGUGAUGGACAAGCCCCCGGCUCUGAGCCGCGCUCAACUUCUGUUCAUCUAUCGGAUUCUUCUCCAGGCGAGGCUGAAGUAGCAGAGAUCGCUUCUCGAGCCGCUGCUGAAGCCGAGCCCAUGAGCCGUCCUGUCUCGCCUACUAGCCAUCAAGAAGCUACUACCCUGCCGAUUUCUGAGAGUGAAUAUCUGGGAGAUACUCAAACAGCCGAGGACCUUUACGUGCCAGAGCUGAAAGAUCACGAAAUGCCCGGAUCUCCAACUCUUGAUGUCGUUGCUCGGACUGUAGGGCCCCAGGAACCUCUUCCAGUAACUGAUGAGCUUCAUGACACUGAAUUGAGCCCGGCAUCGAAGAUUUCCCCUGCCCCUGGCAUUCCAGAGCUGCCUCCCAAUGAGGACUUUGAAGAGGACGAAACCGGAGCUCCUGUGCCACCUGCUGCAUCCACGCAGGGUGACUUGAGCCUGGAGAAGGAUGAGCUUGACACUGUUGGAGAAGAGGCUCCGGUCCAGAAAGCCAUCGAUGUAACAGCGGCAGUUACCUCAGAAGAGGGAUCUGAUGUUAAAUCGCACGCUUCUGACUCUGAGCCUCCGUCACCAACCUCCAGGACCCUCCACGUCAUCAUUCCACAAGACGCACGAGAGACCCCCCGACCUCGCCAGGCGAGUUCUCCAGAGCUCGAGCCCUCUUCUCAUACUCUUGAGGAUGAGGAGGAUGAUGGUGGUUCCGAUUCGAGCGACGAGAUCCAAUCCCUUCUGCUUGAGCUCUUGGAAUCGGUUGCGGAUGGACCUGUUGACGAGGAGGAUUCUGACCACGAUGACCAUGUGUCUGGGCCAGUUUCCCCCAAAACACCAGCUCGUGAUCUCCGAGAGAGGGCACUAGCUGGCGACGAGUCACCUUCACCUCUGUUUUAUCGCGAUUCGCCAGUUGCGAUGCUCAGCCCAGCCCAUUUUGAGCCCACAGGCGGCUUUGAGAGAAGGUCUUUGCUGGGCCUUGACGAGGCAGGAGGCCUGUCGAGGUCUUCAUCGCCCGACACCAUCAUCGAGGCGGCGCAUGAUAAGCUAGAUCUCUCAGAGGAGCUACCAACCGUCGAACCGUUAAGCCCCACAAAGGCCAAAGGCGACAUGGAUUCAGAUGUUGCUGGUCUUGACACGGCUGAUGGUGUUGCUCCAAGAGGCGCUCUCAGCGAGUCUGAAGACUCGGAUGACGAAUCAGACUUCGUCGUCGUUGGCCCAUCUGAUGCCCCGGCACCUGGGCAUCAGGGCCGCCAGGACUCCACACAGACGAGCGACAGGUCUCUACCCGGGCCUGUAGGAGCUGAGGCUGAGGUUAAACCCGUGCAAGCGAUACCAUCUGAUGACGAAAGCGACUCUGAACACGAGCCUCAUACCGAAAGACCGUCUCAGACUCGAGAUCUCCCAUCAGCUGCUCCCUUCACCGUGGUGGAUGGCGUAGCACCGGUACCAGCACCAGCUGCUCUGGCACCCGAACUUGUGACCCAACCUUCUCAAGCUCAUGAACCUGAGUGGGACAGCAGCAGCUGCUCAGAGGACGAGGAAUACAACACUGCGGUUGAAGAUCCUUACCCAGAAAGCCGUUCUCUGCAUUCGAUGCAGCCUCAACAAGAUGUUGGUGAGCACAACACACUGCCCGGUGUCGAUACUCGUGAUAUGGAUGACGAUGAAGACUCGGACCAGGAGCCAACCCCUGAGGCCAAGCCAAGAGAGGCGGCGGAGCUACAGCCAACAUCCCCAAGCUCCGAGAUUGCUACGGAACAUGAGGCAAAGCCGAUGGAGCUACUUCAAUCCGAAGCAUCCACGCCGCCGAGGGUGGUACAAAUCCCCCCGCGAGACAAGGGCAAAGCAGUCGAGGUUACACGAGACAGUCCCAAGAGGCCGAGCCCCGUCCGAUCAGGCCUCGCGGCGGGUGCAGCCGUAGCUUCUGGGCUUGCUGCCGCCCGAGAGGCAAAGGGUGAACGGCCGGUUAUAAGACCUUCUCGCACCGAGCCCCCCCGAACGUUCUUGACGCAGCAGCAACGGCCUCGAAGGUCGCUGAGGAUACGCCCUGGUACUGAGAUCUACACAAAGGACCCCAUCUUCAUGCCCGUUACCAGCCGGGUAUCUGAAGCCAGACCUGUGCCGCGACCCUUUCCACUACAGGUCGAAGGCGAAUCGUCCAGAACGCCGGUGCGUCCUAUGCUUAGGCACCGUACCUUCGAGACCCAGGGCGAGUCAUCAAGAGCAGCGGCACACAGAGCCCAAAGGCCUCGCUCUCUCGACGCUAAGGGCGAAUCGCCAAGAGCUGCUGUGCAGGUGGUCCCCAGGCCUCGCUCCCUCGAGAUCCAAGGCGCAUCUUCAAGAGCGGCCGCACCAGGAGCAACCAGACUUCGUUCUUUCCAGGCCGAAGGCGAGUCGACAAUGGCCCCUGUUCCUGUGCGGCCAGAGCUCAGGCAUCCUGCCACUACCAUUGAGGAGGGACUGAGGAGAGAUGUUGUUCACUCAGGUCCCUCACCCACCGAGCAUGAAGGCAUAAGGCCUCCAACCCCUGGCAUCGUGAUACCUGACACAGAUAUGAUCGACUUACAGCGAGCCCAUACCCUCCGGCGGAAGCGCAAGAUGUCUAUCAAGCGAGCAGAGGACACUGUAGCUGCCGCGGUAGUCAUCUAUGCGGCCGCCGAGGCGCUGAGCCCUCCCAGCAGCCCCCCACCGCUGCUCAGACAGCAUCAAGAAGAAGAAGAAGAAGAAUAUGUUGAUGAUGAUGCAUACCUACCUAAUCUGGAACAUCAGAUGACAGCGGAUCCCGAGAACUCCUACUUCCCAGUUUCUUCAUCACCACGGAGGAGCUUCGAGGAUGCGCUCGAGGAACUCUACACGUCCGAUGCUGACUGGUUUGCAGACGACAGGAGCAGAGAAUCUGACUCGUCUCGCAGCGAUAGAGACAGAGACAGACAUCACAGGCGCCGACGCUCGCACCGCUCGCACCACUCCAGCAGGAGCCGUGACGAGGAGGGCAAAGAACGCAGAUCGAGCCGUGGUGAGGACGAAAAGAGAGCCCACCGGUCUCGGGAUGAAGAUGAGGGUCGGCGCCGUCGCAGGUCUCAUCAUCGGGAUGAAGAGGGUCGAUCUUCUCGCAGACACCGUGAUGACGAAGAACCACGAUCUCGUGGAUCACGCGGUGAAGGCGAGGCUAGGGUCCGGAGCUCACGAGAUGCUGAAGAGCCCAAACCCCGUAGCUAUCGCCGGGAGGAGGAGCCACGAUCGCGUGGUUCCCGUGCUCCCGUCGAGGAGCCUUCGUCUCGUGCUCCGCCCCGUGAAGAGGAGCCACGAGAGCGUACGAGGCGAUCAUCGCACGGUGCCCAUUCUCACCGCCGCUAUAGACCCGAUAGUGCCGGGUCAGGCACCCCGGGCACGGGCACGGGCACGGGCACGCCUCCCAGAACUCCCAGACGAGACAGUGGAUUCUCGGCCGAAGGCAGUUCUGGUAGCUCUGGCCGCAGACGCCGCACGCCUGAUGAACAGGCGGCCCACGACAAACGAAAAGCGGAGCGGGCAGAGCGGCGCGCAAAGGAGAAGGAACCCGAGCGGACGCGUGAGCCUUCACGCCUCCGAGAAUCUCCCCGCGAGGCUCAGGAGGUUAAGGAAGCCAAGGGCAAGGAACCAGAGGCCGAGCCGGAGCGGAGACAUCGUCGCUCGCGGAGACACAGCCACUCUGGGCGACCUCGGCCUGACGACAUUAGGGACCGCCCCUCAACAGCUGAGCGAGAGGAGUCGGUUGCGCCUGCACCUGCGCCUAGGAGGAGGUUCUUCGGCAUCAAGACUUCAGAUAACCCGCCGCCUGCACGCGAGGAGCCUGCUGUGGCGGAACCAAUCAGAGAACGAGCGAAGGAGUCUCCUCCUGUUGAAGAGCCCAAGCGGACGAGGUCCAAGUACAGACGUCCUCGGGAGUCGAUGGAUGAAGCACGCCCUCGAUCGCGUCGUACACGCGAUGAACCAGCACCUGAAUCUCCCCGAGACCGAGAUGCCCGUCCAUCCAGGCACGUCAGGAUGGACACGGAGGACUCGCGACGCAAAGCUCGACAUGAGGAGCGGCGCAAGGCGCAAGCCAAGGAGGAGGAGAAAAAGAAGCCAGGAGGCAUCAAGGGUGCAUUCAAGAAGCUGUUUGGCUAA